CACAAAAAUGCCCAAAACGCUCAUCACCGGCGCGAACUCCUUCGUCGCUGCCCAAAUCAUCGACCAGCUUAUCGCCCUCGGCCACUUCGUCGUCGGUUCCGUCCGCUCCUCCCCAAAGGGCGACGAGAUCCUAGCCACGCACCCUGAAUACGCUGGCAAGAUCUCGUUCGUGACCGUCUCUGAUUAUGCAAAGAAAGGCGUCUGGGAGGAUAUUAUGAAGGAAGGGGAGUUUGAUUACGUGAUUCAUGUUGCGGCGCCGUUGUUGGAUGAUCCAAGGUUGAGCGAUUUUGAGAGGGACUUUUUGGCUCCCAGUGUUGAUGGGGCUCUAGAGCUACUGAAAAGUGCGAAGGAGUAUGGCAAGAGUAUUAAGGCUAUUGCUGUCACUGGAUCCGUCAACUCCAUUACAACGGGAGAUCCAAGCGAUACCCGGGUCCUGACCAGUUCUGAAUGGCUUCCUCUCUCCAUCUCAGACGCAAUCGCCGCCAACCACCCAUACAUCUCCUACUGCGUCUCCAAGGCUGAAACUGAAAAGGCUAUCUGGAAGUUCGUCGAAGAAGAGAAACCUGACUUCAGUGUUUCUGUUUUGUUGCCAGCGCUCAUUUUUGGCCCUGCUAUACAGCCUGUCAAAGAUUUGAAGAAGAUUAACUAUUCGACGGAUCGGUUUUAUGACUUGUUCAGUGGUGGUCUCGAGGUGGUGCCUCCGACGAGCUUUCCGAGUUAUAUCGACGUCCGCGAUCUCGCCACAGCUCAUAUCAGAGCCUUGACAGUACCAGAAGCAGCGAAUAAACGUUUCUUAGUAGGAGGCAAGAUAUUUUAUUCUCAGCUGGCGGCCGAUGCUCUGAAGACGGUUCCGGAAUUGAAGGGGAGGUUACUGAAGGAUAGUGUCGAAGUACCGAGAAAGGUUGUGUUCGGAGAUGUGGAGGAGUGGAAUGAGAAAUUGGGGUUGAAGUUGAGGAGUGCCGAGGAGACGUUUGGUGAUGCGGCGAGGAAGAUUUUGGAGUUGGAGAAGAAGUUUGGUGCUUGAGUGGGAACCUUCUAGGAAUGGUCCGGCGUUCAGAUUUGGUUAUUGAGAAAUGCUAUAAUGUCAUCCACCCC